CGCGCUUAUAAUAAAGUGCGCGGUCAUUAUGCGCGGCACUUGUCGUUUUCAGCCUGCAUCCAGCAUGACGCUUCUACCGCUUUCUGACUUUUCUGUAGCGCCGGAGUCUAUAGCCAUGUUUCAUAAACUUCGGGCUAAAGAAGAAAGCUUUUGAACAGCCCAUCCUCAGUUGGUGUAGAAAUUAAGGUGGAGGGAAAAGAAGAAGAAGAAGAAGAAGGGAAAAAAAGCAUCUAACGCGUGCUUGUUUUGUUGUGCGCUUUUGGAAAUCUGGAGCUAUCUGAUGUUGCUUGGCUGAAGAUGUUAGCCUUAAUGUCAUCUGGACGGAGAUUCCUAACUUGAAGGUGUCACAAGAGAGAGCGUCGACAUUUGAGGAGUCCACCGUAAAUGGGAGCUGGGCUGAUUCUGGAUCGGUCUCGUGAAUUAUGUGGAUAAAGUGGUGUAGAGAACGCAGUUUCAUGGCUGCAUUGAGACCACUGGGACUACUGGGAUGCAGAAUGUGGGUCUUCUUUACCCUUGUACACCUCACUAUGGAUCUCUCCAUGUGUGCGCCAGUGGGCACUGGGCUUAGGCUGCUCCCUCGGUCACUGCCCCGCUUACGCCCUCGUCUUCUUAACCGGGAUGUACCCACUGGUCCACACUGGAGGACUCUGGCCACAUGGCAGCGUGGUAUCUCACAUCCUGUACCAGUACUCAACCACCAAGGAAGUGGAGGAGACGGACGAGAGGGGUUAGGGUCUAAACUACGGCCACAGAGGCACAAACGUAAUCUUUGUGAGAACUGCACCUCCAGGUUUCAUGCCUCAAAGGGAGGUGAAUCAUUGGAGUUUUUGGAGGGGAGUAAAGCCGACAUUGUGCAGCACUUGUUGCGACAACGUAGGCAGUUGAAGUGGGAUAGUUAUGACAGUUAUUCACAGGAAGGAAGGACCACUACAGUGGCAGGAUUUAUCGACUGGGGGCCCACUGGGACGGAUGAUGGGGCGGACGACGAGGUGAAAAUUAUCCCUAAAACCACGGCCACUACAAAGGCCACUACCACCACUACAACAACCACUACAACUACCACGACCACACGUAGCCCACAAAGGACUCACGUGGUGGUCACCACCACUCGUCCGAAAAGGCUGAGUACCACACAGUCUGCUGUUAAUCUCGGUGUGACCCCCAAGCCACAGAAGCCAAUUGGAGACACACCAGGUUUGGCACUGCAUCAGAUCAUCACUAUCACUGUUUCUCUCAUCAUGGUCGUUGCCGCCUUGAUAACAACACUAGUCCUUAAAAACUGCUGUGCACAGUCGGGGAAUGGCCGCCACACUAGCCAUCAGAGGAAGAUCAACCAGCAGGAAGAGAGCUGCCAGAACCUGACUGAUUUCACGCCAGCACGCGUGCCCAGCAAGGUGGACAUCUUUACCGCCUACAAUGACAGUUUACAGUGCUCCCAUGAGUGUGUGCGCACCGCUGUGCCCGUCUACACAGACGAGAUGAUCCAACACACACCAAUUUACAAGACCACCUACAACGGGAGCAGACCAUCGCCAACAGAACGGCAGCUAAUCCCUGUGGCCUUUGUGUCGGAGAAAUGGUUCGAGAUCUCCUGCUGAGGACCUUUUAGUACCCAUGGGUAACUGCAGCUUUCUCAAUUAUGGACCCUGAAUCCCAUUGGAACACCUUGAAUUCUCAAGUUAGGAAAAUGCAAAACAAAAAACAAACAAAA